AUGCCCCCGAACCACAAAAAGCGCCCCUUCUCCCUCCCUCUCAACAACCCCUUCACAGACCUCACCAAGAGCGAGAUGGUUCAGAGUGGGAGACCGAGUACGAGUACGGAGCAGGCUCUCGGUGCUCAGCGAUCAGCGCCGGCAAGCGAUGCAGCCGUCGUCAAGCAGCCCCCCGCGUCAUCUCCACCCCGUCCCGCUCGUCCCUCCCACUCCCCCUUUGAUCCACAAGAACAACAAGAACUCCUCGCGCCCAGACGCCCCGCCAAACCCCAAGCACCCCAACCAAACGAAUCCUUCUGGCGCUGGUCCCACACCACCUCCCUCACCCCCUCCUCCCUCGCCUCCUCCCCCGCACCGACAAUCGACACCUACGCCCCCACCGAGCUCCAGUUCCCCGCCUCCCACCUGCCCGUGAUGGGCAGCGAAGGCAACAUCGACAGCGCCGCCAGCGUACGCACGACGUUCUACUCGGACUUUUCGGCGCCGAGCACGGUACCGGAUGUGCCGGACUUGGCGGCUUUGCCGGGGUUGUUCAAGCGGGGUCAAGGGGCGGGGACGGGGUUGAGCUCGAUACCGGAGGCGGAAGCGUCUGUUUCUGGAGUCGGUGCCGAGACGAGGGAGAAGGCGCAGAUAGAUGGGGGAGGGAAUUCUCCGGAAAAGAGGAUGAGUGCGGGUACAUUUGGGAGGUACUCGAGUACGCACACUUCCCCCGAACAAGCGGCCCCUCGCCAAACCCCAACUUCACCCUCGCCUCGAGCCGAGAACCCAUUCACAUCCCACAACUCGCCCACCAAGGGCAAGGCCGUAGACGAUACGACUCCAGACUCGGCGCUGGAGAAGCUGGAGAAGCUGAGGGAGGGGUACAAGCUCGGUCUACGCACGCCCAGCGAUCGCGCAGAGCAUCGGGAGGAAGAGAGUGAGCGCGGGAUCGAGGCGUACCUCUGGCGUCAGAGCCGGGUGAAUGAGAGGCGUAUUGCGCCGUCGCCUGCAACUUUACCUCCUUCGCCGCCUUCGCCUCGUUACGCUGCCGGUCCACCAGCAGCAGGGUUGGAGCCGGCUUUGGAGAUUGAUGGAAGGGAAAGGGAGAGGGAGAGGGAGAGGGACAAGGGGAGAGAUCGGAAGAAUGGUUUCAGGAGGAGUAAACUCGAUCAGAUGUUGGGCGAAGGAGCAGAGUAUGCGAGGUAUAAUAUGGGGUUGGAUCGGAAGGCUUUGGAGGAUACGAUUGAACAAAGGAAUGGACCGCUGCCGCCAUUGAGACACAAACCUUCCGCCUCACUCCCCCUCACCACCCGGGACCGGGACCAAAGCACCACCAUCGAAGCCCUCCUCCCUUCCCCCCUCGAGAAAACCCCUUCUCCCCGGUUGGCCGGCUUCCACGGCAGGUCGGUCUCGAUCGAUUCUCUCCCGAGCCUGCACCCGAGUUUGAGCGAUAGUAUCGCCAACACGCUUAAUGGCGAGAAGCGGCCCCUGCUCAAGGGGUCGCUACAGGGCAUAACGUCAGACACCUCUCUCCCCCUCCUUAAACCAUCAUCCACCCCCCGCCCCCGCCCUUCCCCCCACCCCUCAAACAUCUCUCUCAUAGAAAGCACCUCCACCCUCACCCCCUCCCAACGCACCCUCCUGCUCAAGCGGACGAGGAAACUCGAACAUCUCCUGGGCCAGCCCCUGCCGGAAAAGCAGAUCGAGCAGUCGUUGAUCGAGCCGCUGAAUGGGGUGAGGGAGUAUGAUGUCAAGGUGGGGGAGGCGUGGCCGGAGAGUCCGCGCCCGUCCCCUGGGACUGGGUCGCCGGGGUCGGGCGGUACGGCCCGAGGAGGGGGAGGGAGGAGGAGGGUGCCAGAGUGGGAGAGGGAAGAUUGUCUAGUGCGCCGUGUGCCCGCCGGCCCCGGGCUCGGCGGUGGAUCUUUACCCUCUCUACACGGGGACGGGGACGACGACGACCUCUCAAAACACCCUGUCAAGAUGACCCUCGCGCAAAAAGCCCUCGCAGCGCUCAACCUCUCCGCCGCCGGCCCGAAAUCGGACGGACUGAGAGUAUACGUCUCGCGCCAGGUGCGCGUGACUGAGACUGUCUCGAGGGGUACGAGCUCGUCUGUGGGGGUUAAUAGGGAGCAAGAAAGUCCGGCCAGCCCGAUGAGCCCGAUGAGUGCAAAGACGACGUCGAGUUGGGAGAGUCGGUUGGGGGAGGGGGAGGAGAGGGGGGAGGGGGAGAGGGAGAGUGAGGCGGUGAAGAAGGUGAGGAGGGUGCAGCUUGCCAAAUUGCAUAGACUGCUGGGCGUUCCGAUCCCACCGGAACUCGUCUCCCACACCCGCGCACCAACCCCAACCCCCACGCCCGCCCCCGCCCCCGCCCCCGACUCAGGGGAAGGGGACAAGACCCGUUCUUCCACAAGCUCCACCACCUCCUCCUCCUCCACCCCAUCCCGCCAAACAGACUCUUCAUCGCUCGAAGGGGGGAAGGCGACAAAGUGGGAAAAGUUGAAGGGGCUGCAUAGGAAGAUGGCUUCGCGCUCUGGAUCGCCGUCGUCGUCGUCUUUGCCUUCUUCGUCUUCUUUGGUGGGCAUGGGGGGGAUGGGAACGGAAGGUGGGGAUGAUGGGGUGAGUUUUAUGGAUCUGGGAGAGGGGAAGAAAAAGAUGAGCAAGGAGGAGAAGAUGGUUUUUCGGAAGAGGGCUGCAAAGCUGGAACACGUACUCGGCGAUAAACCUCCCAGUUCCAGCAUCUACAUCCCCUCCACCCUGCGCUCCACGCCUAAUAUCCCAGAAGAGCGUCUAUCGUCUUUCGAAUCUUACUCUGCCUCGCUGCAGGGCUUGCUCUACCUUGUAGACCAUGACGAGACAAAGCUCGCGCAGGUCAUGGAUAGUCUUUUGCCCGAGCAUCAGCGCCAGGCGUCUGGCGAUUCUGGGCGUGCCUCGCCUGUGAUCGACUCGCCCACGAGCGGAAGGAGCGGGAAGAGCGAGAAGGGCGGGAAGGAGAGAUGGAAGGAAGAGAAGAGUACGGGAGGAUAUGAUUUCCUGGAUAUGGAUCCCGCCGAGAUGACCCCCACCCAAGCCCGGAGCUCUGGUGAAGGCGAUACCACCCCCCAAAUGCGUCCCGACCACCAAUCCUACACCGCCCGCCGCAGACGGGCCGGCAAACUGUCCCACAUCUUUGGCGAGACCAUCGACCUCAACAAAUCCCCCGCUGAGCUCGCCUCCACCCUCCCCCGCGCCGACUCUCUCAACCGUAAGGGCUCUUCCCGCCGUAAAUCCAUCCUCCCCACGACGCCUACCAGCCCAAGCUUUGGAGGAGGGGCGGGGGGAAAGUGGACGACGAGGAGGGAGACGAUGGAUGCGGUGUUGGGCGAGAUGUGGAGGAGUGUACAGGAUGAGUGGGGGAAGGGCGGGAUGAAGUUGGAUGAGGUGGAUCGGCUUGGGGAUUUGAUGGGUGUUUUGAGGGAGAGACGGGAUCAGAGGGAGAGGAUGUGGGAGCAGGCGGUGGGGUAAGUGUUUAAGGAUUGGUUCUUGUGCAGGGGUGUUUGUGAUUAUGACUUGACGACGUUGAAAUGAUCCCGACCUUGUACUUUAUGGAAUGAUACUUUGCAUAUGCAUGUAAAGAGACUUUGAAAUGCUGCAAUUACAACCUCAUG